CAGACCUUCCGACUCCAUUCCAAACUCCAAAGAGCAAGAGGGGGGCACGGAUGCAAUAUCGAAGAAGGCGAGGGGGUUCGUCCCAGCACAAAGGGCUAAACAAACCACCGCGUCGUUAUAAGUACAGCGUGGGCCUCGCCUCGGACAAGCCCCCGGCCGUCUCGAUCCCAGAAUCCGAGAGAGAGAGCUCCACAGGCCAGGUCCCCAUCGCCGCGGCGCCUGCCCCCCCUGCUCCCGCCCGGUAGUAGCCUCGCCGCCGCCGCUGCCGAGAUGGGGUUCGUCUCCUUCGUCGGGAGGGUGCUCUUCGUCGCCGCGUUCCUCCUCUCCGCCUACCAGGAGUUUAAUGAAUUCGGUACUGAUGGUGGGCCAGCAGCUAAGGCGCUCCAGCCCAAGUUCAAUGUGUUUGUCAAAAACAUCUCUGCUCAACUAGGAGUAGCUGUGCCGCACAUUGAGCUGAAGCAUGUGAUUGCUGCUACAAUUGGUCUUAAGGGUCUUGGAAGUCUCCUUUUUAUUUUGAGCAGCUCUCUCGGUGCUUAUCUCCUGUUGUUUUACCUUGCUUUGAUCACUCCUAUCAUUCAUGACUUCUACAACUACGAUAUGGAGAAGGCAGAAUUUGCGCAGCUCUUUGGGAAGUUCACCCAGGAUGUGGCUCUGAUUGGAGCUCUCCUCUUCUUUCUGGGCAUGAAGAACUCCAUCCCGAAGCGGCAGGGCAAGAAGAAGGCUGCCAAGGCGAAGACGAACUAAGGCUCUUUAGAUAGUUGCACGCCACAGGCGGUGUCGAGGAGACAGGUCUAUUUGAAGCAAGCUGCGAUGCAGUCAAUGCCAUCGAGCUGCGCUUUUACAUGUAUCAGAUUCCAUUUUGCGGGGCACGGCCCGAACGAAGGUGUGAGCGGCGGAUUAGGCGACUAGAUUGCACAAUUAUGUACUUGCGAUUGGUUUGUUGAACUAGGUUGCCAAUUGUUAAUCUUAUCUAUUUGAUUUAUCUUUGCACUGGGCCUUGUUAGCACUGAUUCAAUGGUUGGUAGUUUCUUUUAGUUUCUCGCUUGUCAGCUUAUGUAAUGUUUUUUUUUUCGAUUUCGGCAGACGUGCAAAAUCCAAGCAGACUUUGGUGUGGCGUCGUGACUUGGUGUGUUU